AUGUUAUCGUCUGUUCCCAGUAGGUUGUUUGCACGAAGGUCGCGAAGCCUGUCACCAUGCAAGCGCGUUCUCCAGACUAGUACGGCCGCACCUGCUUGUCAGGCCAUAAUAAAAGAGCCGCCGGCUGAAAACAACCGCAACCCUAUAGUAUCCACUUCCCGGGUUUCAAGACGGGGGAUUUUGGCUGAUGACACCGCUGCUAACAGCGCGAACCAAGCUGUGCAGUACCACCAUCUCGCGCCUAGAUGGCUGUCAAGUCUUGAAAACCGCCGUAGCUCUUGGGCUUCGCUGGCCCAUAAAGGGCGUAACAACAACAUAUUUUGGGAGGACAGUGGUCAUGGAGCUGGAGGUGAGGGCGGAAGCGCCAGUGGAGGCGCCAGCCCGCUGAAGGUGGCCUCCGCCGGGCUGCUGUCUGCUGCUGCGGUGGCCUUCUGCCUCAAGAAAGACUCAGAUGACAAAGGUGAUGCCCUUUUGGAGGCAGCAAGGACCAACAACCCUGAAGAUGUGGCCAGACUGUUGCAGGAAGGGGUGGACCCAAAUCACAGACACCGUCUCGGUUGGACCCCUCUUAUGGUGGCUGCCAUUAACCGUCAGCACAGUGUGGUGAAAGUUCUUCUUGAAGCUGGUGCUGACCCAAAUGCUGGAGAUCAAUUCAACAACGUUUAUGACACUUCAAGGGAGAUGGGCAUCCACUCACUACAAGUCUUGGUGUCCAGAGAAGAUGAGUUCAGCAGCAGGCUGAGCAGCAGGGCUGGUUUCCGCGGCUGUUCAGCACUUCACUACGCCACACUGGCUGAUGACCCACGCACUGUCCGCAUGCUACUCGAGUUUGGUGCAAACCCUCUGCAGGCCAACGGUUUGGGACACACUGCACGAGCCUAUGCCAAAGAAGGUGAAGUAAGCGCACUUCUGCAGGAGUGGGAGGGCAAGUUCCAGGAGGCGCAGGCAAAGCGAGAGGCGGAGGAGAGAAGGAGGUUCCCCCUGGAGAGGAGGCUGAAGGAGCACAUCAUUGGACAGGAAGGGGCCAUCAAUACUGUGGCUUCAGCCAUCAGAAGGAAGGACAAUGGUUGGUACGAUGAAGAGCACCCGCUUGUGUUCCUCUUCCUAGGCUCCUCGGGAAUUGGAAAGACAGAGUUGGCCAAACAGGUGGCACGGUACAUGCACAAGGAUAUCAAAAAGGGGUUCAUCCGGAUGGAUAUGUCAGAGUUCCAAGAAAAGCAUGAGGUAGCGAAGUUCAUUGGCUCGCCACCAGGAUACGUCGGCCACGAGGAAGGAGGCCAGCUGACCAAGCUGCUAAGGGCUUGUCCAAAUGCCGUCGUCCUGUUUGACGAAGUGGAUAAGGCUCACCCCGACGUCCUCACCAUCAUGCUGCAACUCUUUGACGAGGGUCGUCUCACAGACGGCAAGGGGAAGACCAUCGAGUGUAAAGACGCAAUCUUCAUCAUGACGUCUAACGUUGCGAGUGACGAGAUUGCACAGCACGGAUUGCAGCUCAGGCAGGAAGCGGAAGAGGUCACCCGCAGGAAGCUUUCAGAUAAUCUUGAGGAUGUACAGAAAGGUGACGACAUCCAAAUUUCCAAACAGUUUAAGGAGUCUGUCAUCCGACCCAUUCUGAAAGCACAUUUCCGGAGGGACGAGUUCCUGGGUCGGAUCAAUGAAAUUGUCUACUUCCUGCCAUUCUGUCAUUCUGAGUUGCUCCAGCUGGUUAGCAAGGAGCUGAGCUUUUGGGCUAAGAAGGCCAAGCAGCGCCACGACAUCACCCUUCAGUGGGAUCGGCCGGUCCUGGACCUGUUGGCGGGCGGCUACAACCUGCAUUACGGCGCACGCUCCAUUAAACAUGAGGUGGAGCGGCGUGUGGUUAACCAGCUGGCUGCCGCCUAUGAGCAAGAACUGCUGCCCAAAGGCUGCACGCUGCGCCUGUCCGUCCAAUCGGAGGACCACGAGGGGCGCAACCCAGCCGGCCUGCGUCUGGAAGUGCUCGGGGACGACAGCUCGGCCAAGACGUUAAACAUCCGCCCUUCGCUCAGCCCAGAACACUAA